UGAUUGCAUUAUUUAACCUCUUGAACCUGCAGUAUAAACAAUUAUUUAUGUCUGUCAGCAAGGGAUUUUCUUUUAGCGCAAAUAAAAUUUUGAUGACUUUUUUAGAGAGCAUUGUUUGUUUGUCACAUUUAUAGUGGAAAGAAGAGACAACGUAGAUGUUGUAUAUUAAGAGUAGUGAUAACAGAAGAUUUAAUUUAUUUUUCUUUUUAUUGGAAAAUAUCAAUAAAGUUUUCCUGAUUCAACUGACGUCGACUUGCCAACUACUCGCCAUCUGAAACCCAAAGAUAAAAUUCAAUUUAAGCAAAAUCAAUACUGAAAAUCAACAAAUGAAAAUAUCAAAAAGAGUGGCGCAUAAUUUAAUUUACCAGCGAACAACUACUACCACGAAAAAUCCACUGCAUAAAUCCCGCGAUAAGCGCACGCUAAACCCGACUGCAACCAACCAAAAUACAAGCGAUACAAAAUCAACAACAAUUUUUGGAAUUAAUUUUAUUUGAUGCGCGCGCUCAUAAAAAUUUACAUAGAAAGCGGCAUAAAAUAAAUACACCCAGCCAGAAAGAACGCGAGCGACAGAAGUGAAUUGGUUAACCAUGGAAAAGGCGUAACUGGCAACUGCUGACCCAGGCCCUAUAACUUUAGAUGAGCGCGCCACUGUGCCACAAUUUCGGUUUACACCUGUCGAAGCUGCCACUCCCACGAGGAACUUUUUCUACCGCACCAGAAACAAGAACAAAAACGAGAGUAACCACAACAAAAAGCGCCACAACAAGAAAAACAAAAAGAGCAACAACAUCAGUGAUAUGGAACUGUGCAUAGCAACAAAGUCAAAAACGGAAAUCGCUCAGAGUUCAAUGCAGCAAAGCAACUACUAUCAAAAGAAAUGCCACCAGAAUCAAACAAAUACUCAAGUACAGAGCACUCAGCAAAGCAAUUGCAGCAGCCACAGAGAUCGAGACCACCUGACAAAGCAGCAACAAAACCAACGAACAAAUAGUGCAACAGCAACAUCAUCACAUUUUAAGAGCAACAUCAGCAGCAGCACCAGCAGCAACAUCAGCAGUAGCUACAUUAACAUCAACAGAAAAAGCAGCAAAAACAGCAGUAAACCCAGUAGAAGCACACAAUUAAACACACUCUAUUCGCUGCUGGUGCUUUUGAUAGUCGGCCUUGCCACCGCCGCAGCCUCCCCCAGCCCACAUGCCACCCCCUUUUCCCGCGAGAGCAGGCGCGAUGCUCUUUUGGCCUACUACAAGCGCGCCCACCUGCAACAAAGUAGCGAUGCCCCGGCCCCUGCCCCUGCCUCCACCUUCCUGGGGCACAAGCACCAGUAUCACCUGCAUCACGACGCAUCCGGCCUUGACUUUGACGAGCUAACGCCCACCGUCAGCGUUGUGUCCGUCCUCAGUCGGGCGGAGCGUUUUCGAUUGCGUAAGCGCAGUGCCACCCCCACAACGCCAGCAACUGUGGCGGAUACGGCGGCAACAUCGCCAGUUGCCGCUGCCACAUCGCCACCUGCAGCAGCAACACCCAAAACGGAGGAGAAGUGCGAGCCAAAAGUACUGGAAACGCAACCCGAUGAGCCGUUUUACGACUACACAGACAUCGCCGAAGAUGCCGCACGCCAGUUUAUUGAAUUUUUAUCGAGUAAAUUCCCAAAUGCCAACACACCGAUUACCAUCGAUGAGGCGACACGUGCGGAAGUGAGUCGCCGGGCCAAUGGAAUCGCUAGCUAUGCCCUCAACGAGGACGACAAUCUCCUGGCCUUCGCCAUCGCCGCGCCCAGCAUCCACACGGUGGUCGUUAAAUUCAAGGAUAACGUUACGAUACCACCGAAUCAGGUGCGCAAUAAGGCAUAUUUGGGUUCCUACUGGCGGGAGUUGGGUGCGGCCUGGAACAGCACGGACGGCACUCAGGAGUGGGGGGCCCCGUUUCGCGACUGCAACCUGUUGACGCGCCGCUGGCUCUGGCCAUUUCGCAUAUCCUUCAGCGAGCAUAAAAUCAAAGUUGUGGCGGCUGCCUUUAUUGCCGCCGACGAGGAUGUGUGCAACGAUGGCCUGGAGGAAGUUUUCGGUCGUCGUCAUGGCUGCGAUCGGAAUACAACUUUCUGCCUGCUCACCGAGAACAAACCCGCCGCCACCCGGGAUGUGUACACUUGUUUGUGCCGCGAAUCCUACUACCUGCCCAACUCCACGCUCCAGGGAUUCCGUGGCGAUCGGGUGGAGCUAUCCGAGGGCUACGACAACUACUCGUGUAUUCCGUGUCCCGGCGGAUGCUCCAACUGCGACAACAACGGCGUCUGCCUCACCUUCCAGGAGGAGGAGGUGCUCAACGUGGACGCCUGCCUGCGCCUCCUGGUGGCCAUCGUCCUCGGUGCCUGCAUCCUGUGCUGUGUCGUCCUAGGGGUGAUUGUCUUCAGGCAGAGGAAGUGCAAGGCCAUUGCCUCGGGCAUGUGGACUGUGCUGGAAACAAUACUGCUGGGCAUUGUGUUACUUUAUGCAUCUGUUGCCGUCCAUUUCUUUCCCGCCUCCACCGAGCGAUGCCUGCUGGAGCCGUGGCUACGCGAGCUGGGCUUCAUCACCUGCUACGGAGCCAUCAUCCUGAAGCUGUAUCGCCACCUGGUGGACUUCCGCACCCGCAAGGCGCAUCGCUGGGUGCUGCGGGAUGUGGAUCUGCUCAAGUAUCUGGGCACCAUGGUCUUCGCCGUCAUCUGCUACAUGGCCGCCUUCACGGCCUCGUCGCUGGACCUCCUGGAAAGUGCCCAGCUGGAGAGUCUCAGGGAAGCGGACACGAACACCUGCCACCCGCUCAAGUGGGAGCUGGUCACCCAGACCAGCGAGAUGCUCAUCCUCUGCUUCGGGCUGCACCUGUCCAUCGCCAGCCGGAACGCCAACACCCAGUUCCGGGAACGACAAUUUCUGGUGACCGCCCUGACGCUGGAGUUCCUGGUCUCGUCCAGCUUCUACUUUCUGCGCUUUGUCUACCUGCCGGAAAUGAGUCCCAGCGCCAUUUUGCUGGCCCUCUUCAUCCGCUCCCAACUGACGAACAGCUUCGCCUUGGGUCUGAUAUUUGUGCCAAAGUUGUGGUAUCAGCACAAGCAGGUUCGUUCGCUAGCGUAUGAUCUAUCAAUACGUUUACCUGUGGAUGCUUUCAAGGGUACGUCACACGACGCCGGCCAGCGGCUGGGCGGAGGAUAUGCCGGGCUCUGUCUGGGCGAUCCGGACAUCGGGGAGCUGACCAUAUCCGAAAUGAGUCCCGAGGACAUACGCGCCGAACUUAAAAGACUGUACACACAACUGGAGAUUAUGAAGAGCAAGACUCUGAGGCAGGACAAUCCGCACAUCAGCAAGCGACGUGGCGGACGCAAGGCGGGUCACCGUCGCUUCUCCCUGCAGAAAAAGGGCAGCAAGGAUAAGGCUCUAAGUGCCAAACACCGCAGCAACAAGCAUCAUCAGGACAUUGAGAUCACCGAGGCGGAACCUUCCCGGACGCCCGAGGACUCCGUUUGCAGUGCCGAAGGACCCACAGACACCUAUGCGGAAAUAUCGGGCGUAUCACACUCAAUGCUCUCCCACUCGAUGGUCUCCCACUCCGUUGUCUCGCACUCAAAGUAAGGAAACCCCAACCGGGGAGUUCGAAUCGCAGGAUCAUCAAGGAUUAGCUAACCGAUAUUCCAGCGGUCAAAGAGAUUUGUAUAUAAGUAUUAAACGGUACGAUA